UAUAUAUAUAUAUAUGUAUGUAUAUAUACAGUUAAUUAACUGUGCAAUAUUUACCUGGCUUCUCUACCUCAGAACGGUUUGUGAGGUCUAUUUUUAGGUCUCUGUAAAAUUGUGUAAUUUCUGUAUAUAUUUUUUGUAUCUUUUUGAAACAUUAAGCUGUCUGUGGCUCUUUCUUUGCUGUAACAACUGAAAAUGUCCCCUCUGUGGGAUGAGUAAAGCAGAGCUGCCAACAUACACGAUUUUGGCGUAGCAGAUACGAUUUCCAGGCCCUAAUUACGCCGCUACGCUUGAUUUGAAUAUCCUACGCAUUACCCAACAAAUCGAAAAAUGAAUCGUGUAGCUGGCAGCCUCGUGCCUGUGUUGACAUCCAACCAGCCCUAAAGCUCACAUAUAAGCCGUUUUAUGAUUCGUCCCUUGCGUUGACAAAGAGCCAAUAGGAUCGGCUGUACUUCUUUUUUGUAAUACCCUCACUACUGUUACCAGGAUGCUAUGCUGUUUUGGCUCCCGCUGUUGAUGAAGAAUUCUAUUCAUGUAGACCAGUGCCGUGCGGUGAAAAAUAUGUGAAGUCAAUAGAGUUUAUUAAAACAUAAUUCAAUUGGCAGCUUGCACAUUGACUACUGGUUGUUUUUCAUAUUUUAUCUCAGCAUUCUUCACACACACCUAUGAUAGGUACAACGAGUUGGCAGUUGGUAGCUAGAGAACUCGUGUUAAUAACUGGUAGGCUAAUAUAUUAUUUCAUGCGAAGAUGCACAGGCACCCUGAGGAUUUUUACCUUUACCCAUUGAAAUACAAUGAGUUAAAUCGGGGAAACUAUAACAUCAGCUCGAUAACUAGCUAUCAUUACAUGCGAAUUGAACGCUUCCAUUUAAAUCGUUUAGGUUAUUUAAGUCUCUUGAGCUAGCUAGCAUAGCAACUAGAUAACUAUAGCAACCAAAAAACACAACUUUAGCUGCACAGUUUAAUUUCUCAAACUCAGCUCACCAAUACAUUAAAAAAAAAGAUCGUUGGGUUCAAAGUGAUCACAACGACGUUGUAUGAUGUUAAAUGGAUGACAGACAUUAAACAAUCCCCUCGGAAACACUCGGAUAUCAAUGUAAUCUUGGCUAAUAAUUAAACGUACUGGUGGCUUUCCAUUCGUCUGCAUUUGCAUUGUUGUAUUUUGUGGCAGAUUCAUCGGGGUAAAUCAUUAUGGUUACAUACUGUUACAUAUAUAUAUCGGGGUAAAAUCCAUCAAGCAUCUUUGUAACACAGCAGGGAGGCAUUAUACAGGAGGGAAUAUUUCCUCACUUGCAUCUUUGUUACAGAGCAGGGAGGCAUUAUACAGGAGGUGCUAAUUUCUCACUAGCUCCGCUUUGUGAGGGAUUGCUCAAUCUGACGUGAGGCGCCGCUCUUUGCCUUACCCCGCUUGUCUCCUCUGCUCAGGUCACGAGCAAAUUCAGCUAUUUUGGUUAUAAAAUUAUUUAAGAUCAUUGGAAUCAUACAAAAAUUACAUUUAUAGCACAGAUAAGUAGAACAUUGUGGAGAUCGUAAUGAAACGCAGGAGACGUUCAUUACAGUUCAGCACACGAAUGCGUGUCUCGUUAAUCACAGUCAAAGUUAACAAAACAAGAUGGCGCUGUCCUGUAAACCAACAAGCAUGGGGCUCCACGUCAUCGUAAACACAGAUUAAUUAAAGGGACCACGAUCCCUUUUUACAGUUGUACUUUCAAGCAUAAACCAACGGUCAUACUUACAGGCAUGAAACAACAGUGUGUAGAACCACACUUUAGAAGGAGGUGAAUUAUGUGUAUUACAGUCACUACAACAUAUUAAUAUCUGGGUUUUUUUCAUUAUAUAAUUUAACAUAUGUGUUGUGUUUUUAUUAUCUUAAUUUCUAAUGGACCAAUGAUAAUUCGUGAAUACACUAUGCCCGCGAAAUCGCGGAGCAAGCUGUCAGUUGAAGUCUAUCAAAAAUGGAUGGUGAACGUACUUGUCCUCCGCUGAAAAAGCGGCGAAUUUCUGAACAGCGCUUCAAGCUAGAAUAUAACGCAGAAUGGCCGACCAUCACCCGGUCGAAGCUGGACGACUUCCACGCUUACUGUAUGUUGUGUAAGACAGAUUUUAGCGUGAGGCAUGGGGGCCGACACGACGUUGAAAAGCACAUCAGGACUGCUAAACACACGUCAUACAAGGCGGCAGUGGAAGCUACAAGGCCCAUCGCGGGCUUCUUUACGGUUGACAGUGACACCAGUGUCAUAAAUGCCGAAGUGCUCGCUGUGGACUUUCUGGUGGAACACAACAUCCCGAUCGCGGUGGCCGACCACAUCGGGCCACUGGUGAAAAAGAUGUUUCCGGACUCGAAAAUCGCUGGAAAGUAUGGGUCUGGUCGCACAAAGAGCAGCGCCAUUGUUGGAGCUCUUGCCAAGGAGGAUGCGUCUGUGAUCACGGAGGCAAUGAGGACAGCUCCAUACUCCCUAGCCACGGAUGGGAGCACUGACUAUGGAGACUGUAAGCUGUAUCCUCUUGUUGUGAAGUACUUUGAUCGAGGACUUGGGCGUGUUCUGACAGUACUCCUAUCUUUGCCAGAGUGUCAUGAGGCAUCUACUGGGCAGAACAUAUUCAAACUCAUUGACAAUGAACUUGAGAAACGUAGCAUAUCCUGGGACAACUGCAUGAGUUUUGGGGCAGAUAAUGCCAUGGUGAUGCAGGGACUCAAAGCUGGCACGGCAGGCUACAUCAACAAAAAAAACAGUGCAGUAUAUGUGCUGGGAUGCCCGUGCCAUCUAAUUCAUCUAGCUGCAGAAAAAGCUGCUGCUCAGCUUCCAGUGUCCAUUGAAGAGCUGCUGGUGGACAUAUACUUCUACCUAGACAAAUCCAGCAAGAGGAAACAGGGACUGAAGAAAUUUCAGGAUCUGUGUGGAGUGGAAAUGAGAAAGAUUGUUAAACAUGUAAGUACGAGGUGGCUCUCUUUAGAUAAAUGCAUCGCCAGGUUGUUGCAGCAGUGGCCUGCAUUGCUGCAAUACUUUGAGUCAGAACAGUCUGGGCACAGCAGCAAGGACAAGACCACGCAGAGCAGCAGCAAGGACAAGACCACGCAGAGCAGCAGCAAGGACAAGACCACGCAGAGCAGCAGCAAGGACAAGUCCACCCACAGUGUUAGCAAGGACACAUCAACCCACAGUAGCAGCAGCAAGGACAAUUCUCAGUUUGAUUUGGCAGGCUAUCUCUUUCGCCAACAAAACCUAGCCAAAUUCUGUCAGGGAAAGAAAACACCAGCAGCUGCAACCACACAGCCCAAGACUGCAACGGCAAAGCCCAACACAUCUAGCGCUGCACCCACUCGGCCCAAGACAUCUAGCACUGCACCCACUCGGCCCAAGACAUCUAGCACUGCACCCACUCAGCCCAAGACAUCUAGCACUGCACACACUCAGCCCAAGACAUCUACCACUACACCCACUCAGCCCAAAACAUCUAGCACUGCACCCACUCAGCCCAAGACAUCUAGCACUGCACCCACUCAGCCCAAUACAUCUAGCACUGGAACCACUCAGCCCAAGACAGGGGCACAACAGAGAGUGCAGAGGGCAUGUCAACAUCUGCAGGACCCAACAUUCCAUCUUUACUGCUACUUUCUAAGUGCGGUCCUGCCGAUAUUUGAUGAGGCCAACACUCUGCUGCAGCUAGACAAACCCUGCAUACAAAUACUACACAGGACUUUGACCACACAGCUGAAGAAUCUCUUGAACCGAUUUGUGAAGCCUCAGGUGAUCAAUGCAGCUGCUAAGGUUCACCAGGUACCAUUCAGGGAACCAAGCAACCAGAAGAGCAAUGAGACCUUGUUCAUUGGGCAAAACACCAGAGACUUCAUAAGAGAUCACCCUGAGCUUGAGGAGCUGCAGCUUGCCCAGGUCUUCAGCGCUGUGCGGGCAUUCUACAUGAAGGCUGUUGAGUACAUGGUGAAGAAGUUUCCCUAUGAUGACCCAGUGAUAAGGAAUGCUUCUGUGGCUGACAUGUCUGCACGGGACAGCGCAGACUUCAAUUCUGUGAGGUACUUCACAGGCAGAUUCCCCUGCUUGAAGAUGAGUGCUGAGGAGAUGGACAAGCUUGAGGGUCAAUUCAUGACCUACCAAACCGAUGCUCUGCCAGAAAGCAUCACCAGCUGUGACAGACCAGACACACAGUGGCACCUGAUGAGUCAGCUGAAGGAUGGAAAUGGCCAUCUCAAGUACCCUUUACUCUGCAAGGUAAUGCUGGCUAUCCUCUGCAUCUUCCAUUCCAAUGCAGACUGCGAACGCAUCUUCAGUCUUGUCACAAAAAACAGAACGGAGUUCAGACCUAGUAUGGGAAUGGAGACCCUGAGUAACCUCAUUACCCACAAACAAUUCAUGGUGGCAAAGGGGUCUGUCUGCUACAAGCAGGCGUACUCCAAGACAACUCUUGCCAAGGCCAAGUCAGCAACCUAUGACCAUCUAAAGUGAGAGGUUGAUGAGAUGGUCAUGUCACAGCCAAAGGUUCCCUUGAGUUGAACUCUGUUCUAAAAAAAGGCUGUGUAAAGGUUUUUCAUGUGUUAUUGUUCAGUAUUGUUUCAUGAUGAAUUCUGUUCGGUUAAUAAAAAUAUUUUUUUGUGUA